AUGCUUUUAACAAAGGAAAAUGUUGGUGGAAUUGUGCAAAGACGUGUAGCUGUGGUCAAACCUGAACCUCUUUCUCAAUCCCAACCCCCUUCACAGUUUUGGGAAACUUUAAGGACCCAAGAGAAUGAUGAUGAUGAUGGGGUGGGUCCCACUGAGCCUAUUGAUUUUGGGAGAGGGCCAAGAACAUUAAGUUAUGAAGAUUAUUAUUCAGAAAUUAGGAUGAGAUUUGUGGCAUCCACUAAGCUUUUCAGUGAUGAUUGGGCUGAUGAGGUUAUUAAUGAAUCAGAAUCUCAAGUACAAGGGGAAACAGAAGCUGUUGCACCAAAUGCUAAACACAAAUCCGAACCUCAUAACAUACUCGGAAAACGAUCCGUAAUGAUAUGGUAUAGAUCCGUAAGCAAAACAAUACCCUUACCCUAUUCUUUAGCCAUUUCUUUUUUACUCUGCCACCUGGCAAGAGAGCCAAUUUUGUCAACUGAUAUAGCAAAAUGGACACUCGAAGGAAAACUCCCUUAUUUCACAGCCUUUCUUGAAAUAGAAAAACAAAUCGGAUCCCCAACUAAUGCAUGUCCAUUAAGCUCAAGUCGUAUGUUCAGACCAUUACAUUGUAUUUCUAUUCAGAAGCUGGAAUCAUUAGCUGCUUCAAUUGCUCAUUCCAUUGGAUUGGAAUUACCUCCGGUCAACUUCUAUGGAAUUGCUGCCCGGUAUCUCGGGCAGCUGUCUCUUCCAGUUGAGACCAUUCUCCCUCAUGCUUCCCGGAUUUAUGAGUGGUCAAUGCCACCUGAGCUUUGGUUAUCUGGUAAUGAAUUCCGGCUUCCUACACGUGCUUGUGUGUUGUCUAUACUUAUUUUUUCAAUCAGGAUUCUUUAUAAGAUACAUGGUUUUGGGAAGUGGGAAAAGGGUUUGGCGAAGAGAAAAGACGGAAAGGAAUCUAAGAUUUUUGAUAAAACGGCGGAAUCGGAAUGCAAGAUGCCGUCUCUUUCUAAUAAUCUUGUUUUCGAGAGUUAUGAUAAGCGACUACCGAAACAAUCGAACUUGGAUGCUACAGAGAUUUUAGUUUUGCUCGAGUCAAAAUACAGUCAACUCAUUGAUACAAGUGUUGAUGGUAGGGAUCUUGAAACGUAUCUUGAAUAUUGCAAGAAUGUGGUGUUUGCUGGGGUGGAAUUGUCAUUUGAGGAUCAUGAAGAAGAUCAGAUAAUAGAAGAUCUUUGGAAUUAUUAUCAUAAAGAAGAGGAGGAUCACAAGCCAUCAUCUCCAAGCUCUAAUUGUGGUUCCCACAAGAGACCUCUUGAUUUUUCCAAAACCAACACUAACAUGAACAAGGUCAAGAAACCUAAAGAUGACAAUGAUGCACAAAUUAGCAAAGAGACCCAAAAAGAAAAGGCAAUAAGGCGAAUUAUAUCAAAUAUGGAAGAAAAAAGAUUUUGUUAUAUUCCUCCAAGGACUAACAUUAAAAGACCCGAUGAUUAUUUACAUUAUACAAGGAAAAAAGACGAUGGAAACUAUACUUAUGCUUCACAUGCAGAUUAUUAUAUUUUAUUAAGAUCAUGUGCGAGAGUGGGUCGACUCGAUGUUAGGGUUAUGCAUGGUGCAGUGUUGAGUUUUGAGAGGCGAUUGGCGUGGCUUGAGAAGAAUAUUGAUCAAUGCGUGAAAGAAAUGCCUAGUUUUCAAGUGUCUUGUGAGCUUUGUCAACAAGAUGAUAUGAAUGGGUUGGCUUCGUAUUCCCGCAAUAUAUUCGUUCCCGCUCUCAACAGACCCAAACCCCUGACGAUCUCUCUAACUCCUCCGCUCCCCGGAGUCCAAACCCACCUUCCUUUCUUCGCUGGAGAUCUAAGAAACCCUUUGAAUUCGAAAGAAUUGGUUUGUGGUCGCGCGUUCUUCAGUCAUUCCGCUCUCAACAAACCCAAACACCCCCAGACCCAUAGCGAUCUAUGUAACUCCACUGCCGGAGACCUAAACACCCCCAACCUCGCGCAGGAAACUCUGAUUCAUCUCUCUAGUCCAAGAAAUUAUCAAGAUCAUUUAUGUGGUUUUAGGGAAGAUGAAAAUCAAAACCUUUGCAAUUCACGGAUGAGGACUGGAAACAACUGA